GGUGCCCACAUUACAGACGUACUUGGAUCUCUCCCUUGUCGCAGCAAGAAAACACUACGCAGCUCGGUCGGGAUUUUAAGUCCUGUUAAACACAAAGAUGUCGAUAUUCACGCCAACAAAUCAAAUAAGACUCACAAACGUGGCGGUGGUGAGGAUGAAAAAGGGAGGAAAGCGGUUUGAAAUCGCCUGUUACAAGAAUAAAGUUAUGAGCUGGAGAUCAGGAGCAGAGAAAGACCUGGAUGAAGUUUUGCAGACAAACUCAGUUUUCGUCAAUGUGUCAAAGGGACAGGUGGCAAAGAAGGACGAUCUGACAAAAGCCUUCGGGACAGAUAAUCUGACAGAUAUAUGUAAACAGAUUCUUGCCAAAGGAGAACUUCAGGUGUCGGACAAGGAGAGGCAGAGUCAGCUGGAGACAAUGUUUAGAGAUAUUGCAACGAUAGUGGCAGAGAAAUGCGUCAACCCUGACACGAAGAGACCCUACACAGUCAAUCUGAUUGAACGGGCUAUGAAAGACAUUCACUACUCUGUCAAGGCCAAUAAAAGCACUAAGCAGCAGGCCCUGGAAGUGAUCCGGCAGCUAAAAGAAACCAUGGAGAUCCAGAGGGCCCACAUGAGACUGAGGUUGGUGUUGCCAGCCAAAGAAGGCAAGAGGCUUAAGGACAAGCUGAAACCUCUUUUGCAGGUCGUGGAGAGUGAAGACUUCGACGAGGAGCUGGAAAUGGUGUGUCUGGUCGAUCCGGGCUGCUACAGGGAAAUUGAUGAGCUGAUUCGCUGUGAGACCAAAGGCCGUGGCACUCUGGAAGUUCUCAGUCUGAAGGACGUGGAGGAGGGAGAUGAGAAAUUUUAAUAACCCCAGUCAGGACUUACAUGCUUCACAAAGGCACAAAACCGCGGAUCCAAUAGAGAGAAUAUAUAUUCUUGAUUUUUAUUAAUAAUGAUUUUACAAACGUAAUAUUUGAAAACUUCUCUCAUUGCAAAGCUUGCAUUUGCUGUUUAUGUAAAAUGUUUUCGGAUCAUUUUCACCUUAAUUUGCAAUUCAGUGAAUGGCUUUUAAUACAUCUCUAUCAGACAUUUUGGUCUUUCUGCCGGAAAGUGCUGUGCUGUGUCACAGUAUCCCAAGUGUAUGAAUAGUUCCAUAACACAAUAAUUUAUAUUUUCUCAUACAGUAAUUAAUUAUGUUGCUCUUCUGGAAAAUAAAUAUUUAUCAAAAACAA